AUGCGAAUGCAAAGGUCAAUCUUCGAAAAUGAUGGUUUUCUAGACUCAAAGUCAGCGCUUAAAGACGAUAACGUGGAGCCCGUAACGCAAAGAACACUUGGUAACGCGAGCUUGGUCAAUGAGCUUCUCGCCUUACAGAAAAUAAGCAUUUCACCCGCUAAUACGAUAAUCCGACCCGAGGGCAGGGAAGCAAUCCUGACAAAGCUGGAAUUCAAGGUCUCUCGGGACCUUCUAGGCCACAAGGACCCAUAG